AUGGCAGUGAAAAAUGACAAUUUUCGGGUUGUUGCAGCAAUCGAUUUCGGAACAACUUACAGUGGAUAUGCUUUUUCCUUUCGUGAAGAUCCCCUCCAAAUAAUAACCAAGAAUUGGAGCUCCAGCAUCUCGGGACAUAUAUCUUUAAAAACGCCGACAUGCAUUUUGCUUAAUCCGGAGGGAGAAUUCGAUUCAUUUGGUUAUGAAGCAGAAAGAAAGUAUGCUUCCCUUGCCAAGGAUGGCGAGCACAACGCUUGGGCAUUGUUCCGAAGAUUCAAGAUGAUUUUACACAAUGAAAAGACUUUAUCACCUGAUUCAACUAUUCAAGAUAUCAACGGGAACUCCGCGCUAGCAAUGCGAAUAUUUGUCAUGGCUAUACGUUACCUAAAAAACGAAGUUACGAGCGUAAUAGACUUCGAAAAAUGUGGCAUUGAUGAAAACGACAUCAAAUACAUGAUUACAGUGCCAGCGAUAUGGGACAAUGCCGCAAAGCAGUUUAUGAGGGAAGCAGCUAAAGAGGCUGGAAUAGCAAGCGAUCGUGUACAGCUGGCCCUGGAGCCGGAGGUUGCCUCUAUCUGGUGUCAGACAUCUAAAACUCCGCCAGGCUCCGGAACCCGAAAUAUGGUCGUCGACCUUGGGGGAGGUACAGCAGAUAUAUCGAUACAUGAACGCUUAGAAGAUGGAUCAUUCAGAAGGAAAUUCACAGAGCCAGUGGUGGACCCUGGGGAGGAAUGA